AUGUUCUUCGCCAAUGACCAGCGCGACACUGUCCGUGAGGAGAACCCCGGCAUCAGCUUCGGCCAGGUCGGCAAAGUUCUUGGUGAUAAGUGGAAGGCUCUCACCGACAAGCAGCGCGAGCCGUAUGAGAAGAAGGCCGCUGCUGACAAGAAGCGUUACGAAGAUGAGAAGGCCAAGUACAAUGCUGCUGGCAGCGAGGAGGACGAGGAGUAG